AUGGGAUCCAGAGGACAAAGUCCCCCACAGCGGAACCACACGACACUGGUGGAGUUCACCCUGCUGGGCUUCUCUGAUGUUCCCGACCUCCAAGGAUUUCUUUUUGGGCUGUUUUUGAUCAUCUACCUGAUUAUUCUGAUGGGAAAUAGCCUCAUUAUCGUCAUAAUCAAGAUUGACCCUUCCCUUCAGACCCCCAUGUAUUUUUUCCUUGGGAACUUCUCCUCCUUGGAAAUAUGCUAUGUAUCAGUCAUUGUCCCCAGAUUAUUAGUAGAUCUCUGUAAGCAAAAUAGAAGUAUAUCCUUCCUGGCCUGUGCUACCCAAAUGUAUUUCUUUCUGGUGUUUGGAGCCACGGAGUGCUUUAUUCUGACUGCGAUGGCUUAUGACAGGUACGUUGCCAUCUGCCACCCGUUACUCUACCCCUUGGUCAUGAACAGCAGGCUGUGUGUGCGACUGGCAGCUGGCUGCUGGGUGAGCGGGAUCCCUGUUCACGUAGGGUUUACCUCCCAGGUCUUCUCUCUGCCCUUCUGCGCGUCUAACCAGCUGAACCACUUCUUCUGUGACAUACCUCCAGUGCUCAAGCUUGCCUGUGGGGACACGUUUACGACUGAGAUGCUGGUUUAUGUGGUUGCCAUUCUAGUGGUCACUGUUCCGUUCAUGCUGAUUCUUGGAUCUUACGUGAACAUAAUCUCCACCAUCCUGAGGCUGCCUUCAGCAACUGGGCGAGCCAAGGCCUUUUCUACCUGUUCUUCCCACCUCAUGGUUGUGGCUUUAUUCUUCGGUUCAGGCAUCAUUACGUACAUGAGACCAAAGUCCAGUCAUUCCAUAGGAAUGGACAAAUUUCUCUCUCUCUUUUACACCAUCGUCACCCCAAUGUUCAACCCCAUAAUAUAUUGUCUGAGAAACAAAGAAGUUAUGGUGGCACUGAGAAAACUCCUACUGAAAUGGUCUGUGCUAUGA